GGAAACUAAUACAGUAAAGAAUCUUCAGAACAAUUCUUUCUCUUGGAUCUAGACAUAAUCUGAGGCAUUUUACUUUUGGGUGAAAUUACUCUUUUUUUUUCUUCCAAAAAGUAUUGACUGUUGAGUUCAUAAUUCUGCUUAGUAACUAGUCUGGUUAAGGAAGUACUUGUGAUAAUUUGAUUGCAUUAUAUUUUCUUUUUAUCUCUGAUCACAUUCUUCCCUGUAGUCAUAUAUUUUAAGGGGCAUGACUUAUACCCUUGGAAAUUAAUUCUGUCACAUGUACCUAUCAUACUUUGCUUGCCCUUUCUUCUUGAGUUGGAAACUAAAGUAAACAAAAAUUAGCGCUCCUUGCUGGUAUAUAUAGUGCCAUGAGUAUCGCUCUUGUAAUGACCUCUUUAUGGAAUGAAAUUGUAGGCUUGUGGAGUAAAUGCUUAUUUAAUUUUACAAAAUAUUGACUAAUUGUUCUUCACCAUGGCUACAUAAGUCAUUUUAGAUCAUGAGGAUUCCUUUUUUUACCCAUAUCUUUAUAAUCAUUUUUUUACCAAUUUUUUUACUAUUUUUUUACCAAUAUGAUACAUGUAAAAUAGUAUCUAAUUUUUGUUUUGCUAACAAGGCUGAGCAUUUCUUGAUAAAUGUGCCUGCCAUUCAGUGGCUGUAAGAGGCUGAGCCCCUGGUGAGUGAGGGGAAUGUGCAGAGGCAGUGCCUACUGGGACCAAAGAAGACAGAAGGAGGCCAUAGAUUAUGGCCUGGUUUUAGUCCAGCUUCUGAAGUGGAAGUAAAUACAGAUUGCCCCUAAGGGAGGGGGUGUAUGCAGUGGUAGAUGGGAGAUAGGAUGGAGCUAACCACAGAGUUCAAACCCUAUACAGAGCCCCGCUCCUUCCAGAGGACAUAGACUGGGGCCUGGAACAGUAGCCUGUAGAAUGAGACCUUCAUGCUUGCGAACAAGCUUCAUUAUGUGGUCCAGGGAAUGUAAAUGUAAUCCAAGGGCUUAACUUUCCCCAAAUCUCUUGGGAAAUAAUUAGAAAAAAGAGUAGCAAAAGAGACAACGGCUUGUUGUCAAAAUACAUAAGACUAUUCCCGGGAGUGGGGAAUGUCAAUAUAUUUUAGGGUUGUAUAGGAUUAUGAGAUGUCCUCAACUGCAUAUGUAUAUACCAACAUAAACCUUACAUAUAACCAUUUCACAUAAGUUAAAUAGUACUGCUAAUAAGAUCUAAUGUCAACUCUUUUCUACCAUUCAGACCUAGUUCUCUCAGGUACGAUUUUAAUAUCUUCCACAUGGGGAGAUUUAGUAAUGCGGUUACUGUAGAUACAUAAAAGAAUGUUCUUUGUUUGAUCCAAGUCAUGUCUAGUUUUGAUAUCAAGUGCAAAGUUCACAAAUUCAAGUCACUGAUGGGGUUUUCACUGGGGGGAAAGCAAUUGCUCUAGUCAGUGGGUCAUGGCACUCCUUCUGUCCCGUGAGUACCAGCUGUGUCCCUGGGGUGCACUGAUGUAACGCAUAGGUCACAGAAUUCUGAUGCUGACUUGCAUCAUAAUAGUCCUGAUGGUGUACUGAGCACUGGUCAAGACAGUGAUUUAGUGAGGAGGUAACUUCUCAAGUGAGUUGUUCUUGAAUGUACUGAUUUGAUUCUCUGUUAUUUUCCACUGACUCUCUGAGAGCAGAGUUUCAGGGAGAAAGGUAUUGAUUUGAGUCACUCUGAAGAGGUGAACCAUGAAGCAGAAACAAAAAAGGAAACAUCUGGAAAGUACAUACUUUCCCGAAACUUCCAAGAAGUCAAGAGGAAUCCCAAAGUCACACAAAUAUGAUCCACCACCUGAGUACUCUUUGGAAGACAGUACUCUGGUCUCUGAGGCAAAAGAUGGACACUCUGAAUUGAAAUACUUCUCCUGUAACUCCUCCUUUCACCAUCACCCUUAUGUUGAGGUCUUAAAAUCAGGUGAAGACUCUUCACAUUCUGGACCCUCUAGGUUGGUCCAGUUCCACAACCAGAUGGCAAAGGUUUCAGGCUCAGAACAGAUCUUCGGUGUCCCUUCUCCAGACAGGCCCAUUCACAGUGAAGUCACGAAAGGUCAAGAGGAUGUCCCUCCUGCUGAGUCAUGUGUAGUGGUCCCUGCCUGCAAUCAGGCAGCAGAAGAAAAGUCCUCUGUCUCAGAAUACUUUUCCUGUGUUUCCUUUGUACGCAAGCUCGUUCCUGUUGAUGAGUGUGGAAUCCAUCAAUUACAUCAAGGUGUUUCUUGUCUUGGAUACCAGUUGGAGACUUCCUCCCCCUUUCCACACGUCUCCUUCCCAUUCCCUUUGGUCAGUGAUACUAAGUCCUCUUUUACCUCAGAAGACAUGAAAGAGGAAAGGCUCAUGAAAAUUUACUAUAUGCGUGUCCAGAUGAAAAGGGGAGUGGCUGCCUUAUGUGACACAGAGGAAGGACUGGAGCCUCCCUCAAAGAAGACAAGAAUAGAAGAAAUGACCUUUCUUGAAAAGAGCCCUACAGAAGCCACCCUCUCUUAUGUGGGUACGAAGGAACUCCUGACUGACAGUGAGUCCAGCUGGAACAACGAAGACCAAGAGGAACAGGAGGAGGUUGAGAGUCCAGCAGAACCUCCAGCUGUAGAUGAGUGUUCCAGGGCCAAGACGCCCGAAUGGCUGGUGUCCCAGGAUAGUGGUGUCAGGUGCAUGGGCUGCUGCCGGGUCUUUCCCACCUUAGAGGUCCUCCAGCAGCACGUGCAGCAUGGGAUCAGUGAGGGCUUUAGCUGCCGUACUUUCCAUCUUACCUUGACUUGGCUGAAGAGCAAGAAGAGCAGGAUAGAGAAGAAGAAGAGGAGGAAGAGGAAUAAAGUCAGGAAGAUAAUGUUCCAAUGCCAGAAAGGAAAGCAUUUUGGCAUGAAAUCUUCACACAAAUAAACAGACUAUUUUUCAGCCCCUAGAAGAGAGGAAGUAGAGUAGGCCUUACUCUACUGAGGGGGCUUCAUCUUCUCUAAACAGCCCUAAUACCCACUGUUGUUUAUUUACACCCACCCCCACCCUCACCACUAUCACCACACCACCCAUAGGAGCAGAGAACCAUUUUCACUUUUACCCACUCCUCUCCCAAGAAGGAGGAGAAGAAGGGAGGUCACACCUUGCGGAACAGCAAGAUGUUCUUGAGCCAACGAAAGAACAGUGAACACCAGUAUAUCAUCGCCACCAUUACAGUUGAGAAAAAAAGACUCACUGGAAGGUGGCAACUGCUAGGGGCCAAAUUGGAGAAGAGGUGAGGGCCCUUGGGGUAAGAGAGCACCUCAAGGGUAUUUGGGAUUCAGGGUUCUGAGAAAAGGUGGCAGCCAGCAGAGAUGCCUCCCGAGGUUCUCCAGUAACUGUGAUGAUGAAUUUCCUUCAGAAGAAUAUAGACUUGAAAGUGGAAUUAAUUAGUGAGAAUGCUUCCUUUUUAUGCCCUUUGAGGAGACAGGAGUAAAGACAGACCAGUCUGGUAGUUCAGUAGGGCAGACAAGCCUGGGCCCAUCAUUCCUAGGUAAACCAAAUGUCUUGGGAGUCACAUCCACCCUAAAUAUAUUCCUGGGCCUGCCUGCCUUUCAAGAGGCACAGGGCUUAGCAGGGACAAACAUUGUCUCCUGGAGGAAGUGUUGGUACACAGACCAGUCUCCCUAGGUGUGAGUGAGAUCUCAGGUGUCAUAUUGUGAGUUGCAUACCCUGAGGAAUCUGCUGGGGAGUUACAACCACUUGAGAGAAACAACCAAUGGAAUCUUUUUUUUGUUGUUUUGUGUUGCUGUUUUACCUCUUUGGUAUAUACUAUUUGCCUGUAGUUCUGGUUCCUUUCUCUCAAGUGUCAGAUGCAACUGGAGGAGGAGAGGGAUCGAGGGUACCCUUCUGCCAAGGAUCCUUUCUGGAAGCUUUUAAUGUGUUGCUUCCUGGAGGAUCCUCAUAUUCUUUUAUGAAAGUGCACAGUCCCCACAUCUUAUUCUUUAUUUUUGCUACAGCAUCAAGUGCCUUGUUCUAAGGGAUCUAUAGAGGGGUUAAACAUAGAUGAAACUACAAAGACAUUGCAAAGCCAGCUUCACACUACAAUGAAUGGGUGUAUGUCUUUUUAGUUAAUGGGACGAAGGAAGGGCUCAUUUUCCAUGCUCCAGAAAUCACUUAGACUGUAGCCCGGGAAUGGCCCGAAAUUUUCUGAAUAAUGUAGAGUGACUCAGGACUUAUCACUAAAAUAAGAAAAGCUGCCUUUCUCACUGAAGGGACCCUCUUCCCUGUUUUGGUUUUCUCACAGCAACACAGACCCAUGGCCCAAAGAUUUCAAGUGAUGGUAUCCAGUACCUUCCUACAGUCUGAUGGGAGCACAAAAGUUCUCGUGAGCCCCAUAGCAGGGAGGGCUGGCUGUAGAUGGAUGUCCCUGAUCCUUUGCAGCUGCUCCCAAGUUACCCUGGUAAAAUGUGGUGCCCGUGUCUGGAGAAAAUAUCCACUUGGACCUGUGAGGAGCCCGAGGAACACCAGGAAUACUGUGCACUCAGGAGACCACUCAGGAGAUCUGCAAGACAACUUUCCGGCCCCUGCCAGCCCACCUCACCCCUCCAGGAGUCCGAUGCCAUUGCAGACAUCUGCAAGGUUGCCCUGUGGAAAAGAGGGCAAUAUCCCUAGAGAGAUUGUAGUACUGUGGAAAGCACAUUUCUCAUACCUAGACCUUUCACCGGUGCAACAGAAGGUUGAUGAGGACUUGGCAGGACUCCAGGGAGGAGAUUGCUAACUUAACAGAAGGUUUAAAAGGAUAUGUCAAUUUCUUUCCCAGUCUCAGUUCUACUUGUAGCUUCUCAGGUCCCUUUCAUUUAGUGGAGGCUUGACCACCUGGCUUGUAGUCUUAUUCUCUAGCCCAGCUGUCGCUCUUCAACCCACCAAAUGUAUUCCCCUCCUCCAUACCUUCUAUCCAGAAUACAUGUAGCAGAGCAUGAACACUGACGGAUACAGAUGGUACAGAUUGUCAUCCAUACCUUUUCACCCACACAUUCCCACCAAUGUAGUCUUUGUUAACUUGACUUAUUUUCGAUACCUUUUUCUUUAAACGCACAUAUACCUUUCCCCUACCUUUCUCUAACAUGCUCACCCACACAGUUAUUUGCCUGGGGAGCCAUUCUUAUCAUUGAGACAGGAAAAGCUAGUGUACAGACUAAACCAAAAGUAAAGAAAACCCACUCCUUGGCUUUCAUGAGCUUGUGCACGUGCAGGUGUACACACACUUCUUACACGAUCAAAGUAGGAAGGAUGGAACGUAUGACAAACAUCAGAGACGAUCAAGUAUAUGUACCCAAGGGUGUCCCAAAAGUCAUAGCACACUUUUCAAGCUUAAUCAUUUUAGAAACCUAAAAGCUACCAAUUUUUGAACAAUAUAAUUUGCAUGUUGAAUUAUUUGCAUGUCACUUAACAUGGUAAUUAUACAUUUUCAAAGAUAAAUUGUUAUUUUUCUUUGUCAUCUGCCAUCUUCAGUCAGAGGGACAGAUACACACAAAAAAUGUUUUUAAAGCAUUAGUGACAGUUCACAAAGCUAUAUAAGGGAAAUUAAAAUAGUUCAACUUUCAGAUGGUGGUGUUUAUAUUUGUAGCUUUUGCAUUUCUGGUAUUACUAAAGCUUAAAACUGACCUAUGGCAUUUGGGACAACUAUAUGUAUAUAUACAGUAUAUCCAGGUGUGUAUAUAUAUAUACAGAUAUAGAUAUGUAUGUGUUUAUAUGCAUAUAUAUAUUGUAUAUAUACACAUCUCUUCUAUAUAUAUGUAUAUAUCAUAUAUAUAUAUAUGAUUAUCUUGAAACUAUUUUUAUGUCUAUUGCCCCUAUGGAUAUGUACAUAUAAGAAGUGUGUGUGUACCCGUGUGUCAUAGAAGGGGUGGAUUAUAGUUGCUUUUGCUUUCAUCUGUGUAAUUCUUUUUCCUGCUUCUUUUGAUAAGAAGCUCUACUUUCUGGCCACAAAUAUAUGGGCAAGUAAGUCAGACUAGUGAAGUGAAGUCCUUACUUCGCUACUUGGCUUCCAUGAUUCACCCUGGGAAUAAUCAUCAGUCUGGGUUGUACUGAUAGCUUGGAAAAUUAAAAUAGAGGAGCUGGAGACUGGGGCAAUUGGUGGGGAGUUCUCCUUUGUCUGCAACUCAAGGUCUAUGAGCCUCUAUGACUGGACACGCUUCAAUUCCUCCUUUUUAGAAGACCUGGCUGUUUUAACUAUUAGUUUAAUAUGCUAAGCACCCCCACUAACCACUUCAAUAAAGUCUUGUUUUGUUUCCAUUA